AUGGGGCGUUUCGGUUCCAUUCACAUCCUGUCUGCACAGGGCUGCAUGACCCCUGACCUCUGUAACUCCACCCACGCCGUGACCCACCAAGGGGUCAGCUAUAAUGUGACAUACAGGUUCAGUAGCCAAACUUUACUUUUAUUAAAUGUAGUUUCACAGGGACAGUGCACAUCAACAUUAGUGGCCGGCUUUAGACAGUCGGUUAGUUGUCCGACAGAAAUGCCACAAACAGAGUCGACGUGGUUCCUUAUUCUACAUGUCAGAGAGUCAUGUUUGUUCUACAUAGCAUAUUUCUAUCUGAAUGUUCCAAAACUGCGUCUUCCUGUAUUAUAGCUCUGAUAUGCUGUACUAUGAUUGCCUACAGUGUCUUAAAACUGAGGGGUCUACGUAAUAUUGAGUGACUUACAUAGAUUUUUCUAACUAACUCUUGUAGGUGUUGCUGUAGCGACCAGUGUAACCAGCCUCCGGCCUCUGAUACCUACAUUAAGAGGCUGUUAGGAGUGACGGUGGGGCACAGUGAGGAACCUCCGAGCACGGCGGACCGUCUGGAUAGAUGCCCUCGAGACGAGGGCGUGGAGGAGGAUGACGCCAUCACUCAGCCACAUGGAGAAAACAACACGAAUUCCAUCUAUAAAGUCCUCUCAGAUCUCCGGGAGUGGGUAAAGAGUAGGGCCUAGGGGUCCAUCUGGAAUUCAGCACUACUUGUCGCUGGGGACAGGCCUGUUAGCCACAGUCACUGUCCCCAUCCUCAUACAAGGGAUUGACACUUAUUCAAAUACAUUUUAUUUCCAGUGUAAAUGUGCUUAUUUAUUCAAUUAUUUGUAGUAACUUAUGUGAAGUGUAAUAAAUGUUUGGCGAUGUUGGAAUAUUGACGUAUGGUAAAAGCUGUAGUUCUCAGUGUGGUAGCUGGUGAAUGCAGUGAAUAAAUAGAGCAUGUGGAAGUAACUGUCCAGUGUUUCCAGAUUUGUAUGAAAUAUGACCUAUAAUUACAAUGAGUGAAAUAGUUUUCCUUCCAAAAAUCUGGGAAUUAAAGGCCCAGUCAGUCAAAAACAUGAAUUUCCUGUGUUUUAUAUAUAUUUCCAAACUAAGGUUGGAAUAAUACUGUGAAAAUUGUGAUGGUGCCCUUUUAGUGUAAGAGCUGUUUGAAAAGGCCACCUGAAAUUUCAGCCUGUUUUUGGUGGGAUGGAGUUUUGGCCUGCCAGGUGACUGACAUCCCCAGGUGGUAAAUUAGUUGAUAGACCAAUAAGAAAGAGUUCCAAUUCCCUCUGUCAGUAACAGCUCGUUUUCAGACCACACCCAGUCCAAGCUAAAUUCUUGCUUGAGAAGUGGCUCUUUGCUAAGAAGCUAUUUUUGUUUCCUUUUUGACCAUUUGAAUUAAGCAAUCACAGUAAGGUACUUAAUUGUUACCCAAAAAUGAUGAUAUUGAGAUAAAAAGGGCUACAUUGAUACAUGUUAAAAAUAAGUUCUGUGUUGGAAUAUUGUGGGCUGUAAAACUAAAAUUAUUCACGUGAGUAGACCGCUGAUUGGCCAGCUCAUCCUAGCAAGCAUUUUUGAAACACUGUUUGAGGUGGGGUUUCUUCUCCAACGUAUGCUUUGGCCACAAAUACGAGUAUAUGAUGAGAUUUUCACUGGACAUUUACUUUAAAAAUCAGUGUUUCUUUGUCAGUCUGUCCUGAUCUGAAUAACAGGUGUUGGUGGUGGGUGUGGUUACUUAGUUUGAGGUUAGAUGGUACAGGUUCAACCAGCAGUAAGUGUUGGGAUAGUAUACAGAGCAUUUAGAAAGUGGCAUCUGUCAUCCACUGUGUACCACUUGGAAAACAUAUCUGUUGUAUCCAGAUUUAAGUUCUUCUCAACCCUAGAGUCGUAAGAAUGGGCAGGUGAGUCCUCAUCCUACAUAUUGACAUUGCAUGAGCAAGCUGUUAGUAUUUCUAUGGUUGAGCGCUAUCAACCUGUCUUUUUAGAUCAACUGAGACUAGAAGGUCAAUUUCUAGGACAUACCUGUAAUUUACUGCAAUCAUGACUGGUUUGCAAGCAGUUGGUAUUUUUAUUUUAUUGCAAGUCAGAAACCUACCCAUCAAGCUCUUGUUUCAAUUGACUAAUUAGACCAGUGGGUUACCAAUCAGCAGUUUCUGUUACAUGCCAGUGCCACUCCAAUUCUAGCCUGGUCCCAAAUCUGUUGUGCUGUCUGGCCAAAUCCUAUGGUUGUUUUUUUUAUGUCAUGAUGACGUUCAAUGUUUGACUAGGUCUGUGCAGCCCAAUUCUGAUCUAUUUUUCACUAAUUGCUCCUUUGACCAAAUCAGAUCAGCUCUGAAAAAUACCUGAUGUGAUUGGUCUAAAGAACAAUUUAGUAUUAGUGAAAAAAAAAAAAAAAAAGAUCAGAAUUGGUCUGCCUGUUUUUAAACGCAGCCUAAGGAGCUAUACAGCACAAAAAAAAAGAUCUGGGACCAAGCUACUCUCAAACACUGACUGACAUGAGUGGGUAGUUCACCACCAGACAUCCUUUUCUCUCAGGCCCCAGAUGUUCCCGACUCUGUCUGCCAUCCUGUGCGUCUCCCUGCUCCUCCCAUCCCUCCACUGUAACAACAACCUGUUGUGUUACUACAGCCCCAUCAUGUACCGGAACAAGACCUUUGACCUCAUCCUGUCAGAGUGCCCUCCCGCGGAACUCUGCAUGACGGGCAACGGUCGCUAUGGAAACCACAGCGCCCUCUCCGCCCGCGGGUGCAUGGCACCGACGGACUGCGGUCAGGCACACCCUCUCCCGCUGAAAGGAACUAUCUACACCAUGAUGUAUGCGUGCUGUGACUAUAACUACUGUAACGCAGGACACCGUGUUGCGGUUAAUUCGGUCCCCCUCAUGGUGGCAAUGAUGACUAUGCCUAUGCUGUUGUUGGAGCUGUAA